GUGGGUAUUUUUUUUUACCAAAAAUCCUGAUGUCCCUGUCCUUUCCUGCAGUUUUGAGUAAAAUUUGCUCUUUUUCUUCUCUCCGUGCAGGAAGACAAAUUAAAUAAAAGGAUAAACACAGGUGCCGAUACACUUGGGAAAUUCCGUUAUAACUGUAUCUGCAGCGAAUAUGGAUUUUUCAUAUCUGGAUUAUCAAUGAAUCAUCUUUUCUGUAUAUUCAUUCGAUGUUGGAAAAAUUAAUCGUUGAGUGAUUUUUUCCUUCUUGUAUUUUCUUUCGUUUGUGUUGAAUCUGACUUUAACUAAACAAGCCCGCAUCUCUUAGUAUUUUGAAAACCACCUUUUUCAACCAUACUUUAUGCAAAUUACAUCUGACAACGCUUUUCCACCGUCAAAUCGAGAGAUAUAUGUAUCAAGUUAGCAUUUUUGAAUAGCAUGAAGUAGAGCCAGAAGACCCUUCUGUAAUAAGCAUCAAUUGAUGACAAUUUUUCCUGAAAUACAAAGUGGCAUUCUACAAGCAUAAAUUAUGAGUCGAUGAAUUUAGCAGGCUCGUGGAAUUCUGCAGGUGAAUGUAUAUGUUUAUCGAGAUGUGAAUCCAAAGUUAUCAGGGAACCAUUUUGAAUGCCAACAAGCUAGGUAUAAUAACGUCACAACCCAAAUGACGAAAGAACCACGAUCUUGUGUGUUUUGCGUUCUGCGUUGUUCUGAAAUUUGAUUACCAAACUAAAGUAAGGAAUAACGAAAUAACAACACUUUAUAAUACUGUAGGAAGAAAAAGAAAGAGUCAAGAUUGUUUUUACGCAUGAUAAGAUCAGAAAUCCUUUUGCGCUUCGUGAUUCGUUACUGCUUUUGCAUCUAGUGACUGUAGCAACUCGGCCGUCGGAUGCAGUCUGUAUCUGCACAUUGAUUACGAGUAUGAAACAAAGCUGAAGGCAGAGCCAACAAAAUUUAUUGUCCAAUGUUUUAUCCCUGUGCACGAACAUAGUAGAACGCAAAAUACAAGUUUUCCAAGUAACACGGCCAGAAGAAACGUUCGAAGUAUUUUAUGUUCAAAUUUAACGGUCGGCGGACUAUCGUUGCGGCGAUUUCGACCUUUCCUUAUCAUCGACGGUACCACGUUUAGCCUCGACCAUUGCAGGAUGCACUUGGUAAUCAGUAAUGCGCGUUCGAGAAUAAGAAAAGAAUGCAAAUAAAAAUAGGAAUAGCUAUAACAUCAAAGCGAGGAAAAACUUUUCCAUGUUAAAUAAGAAUGCGUGGUUGCGCGGAAUUCAACGGAAAAACAGACUAUGUAGCAAGGAGAUAUUUAAUAAUGAUUUCAAAUGUGUUGAUUUUUCGGGCAUUUGAGAUUACAAUGUUUUAACAGCUAUUUUUCAACUACCCUGAAACUCAUUUUAUUUGUUUGCCUCUUGUUCAAGAAGACUUUAGAAAAUUACCACAAAACCCAACGAUUUGAGGGUAAAAAUGAGGGUUCGAUCGUAAAUUCAAUUUACAAGCAAUAUCUGUGCACAACAUGUGGUACACCAUGCGUUAUAGAUACGCAUAGGUUACAGGGGUAUAGAUAGUGGACUGCUAGAUAAAUAUACAGUAGAUGGUUGUAGGAUAACGAACCGAAGCGAAGGUUUUACCCAAAAGAUUCCGUACGUGUAGGUUAAGCUUGGAGCUUUCGUGCCUUGGUACAAUGUGCAUAGAUAGAACCAGCGUCCGGUGAAGAAAUUCAACAGGGGAUUAUUCGUCCGUCGGACGCGAUUUCUCUCAGUCUUCUGAGAAUCACGAACGAAAGGCGAACGUACCGCGCACAGCAAAAGAGAUGCCCUAUCUACCGUGGAAUAGCAAAUAUGUCACCCUUCCGGGUGUAGACGGUUGUAUAUAUGGUACCCUAUACCGCUCGCGAUAGAAAACUGAAUAUUGAGUAUGGAGUGAAUAGUAUAUUAUGUAACAAGAAGGCAAACACGGUCUUUUGGGGCCGAUCGUAAGUUUGCAAUAUGAGUUGUAGGUAAGCCGAAGACAAAUAUACGCGAGGCAAAAAGACCGUUGUCUCUUUGUUGCACACGAUUCUUUGUAUAACAAGAGUAUGUUACGCAUUUUUUCACGAAGCACGAAAUUGAGGUUAGGGUUGCGUAAUGUCAGAUUUGUUCACGACGACGCAUGCGCGUGAUACAGAAAAGACCAUAUUCAACUCCUAGAACUUAAAGGUGGUCUUUUUUGUACUCUGCGCAUGCGCAUUCGCAGACUUACUCGACCGUCAUAGAAACGGGUACUUUGUGUACGGAAAACAUGUACGAAUAAACGCGUAAAACAUGCUCACGUUACAAAAUAGUACAUUUCGUAACGAGUAUGGCUAAGGCUUUUCAAAAAACCUUAUCCAUGCGAGUUUCGAUCCGUAUUUUUUAUCACGAGAGCCAAGAAAUCACAACGAAGUCGCGAUUUUGAGGUUAGAGCGCUAAAAAGAUAUUUAUGCACUUGUCGUCGGAUAUUCGGGCACAAAAUUUCGUGGAGAAUAAAUUACAAUCCGCGAACAGGAGGGAAACGAGGAACACAUACAUUCACUGUUGCACGAAUUGAUCCUGGGGUUGUAGCUGGACGUAAAUUAGGUUAGCGACAACUGUGAUUGAGAAACGGGGAUCGGGGUUGAAAUUGACGUGAUGGGGUACCUUGCAUGUCCUAAUACAAGAAUAGACGCGAGCAAAUCAACGAAAGGUGCGAGCAAGCUGCGUCGAGAUUUGAUAAAUGCCGAAAUAGCAAACCUCCGUGAUCUCUUGCCGCUACCGGCUUCCACGCGGCAGCGAUUGUCACAGCUACAGCUCAUGGCGCUCGUUUGCGUUUUCCUACGCAAGGCAAACUACUUUCAACGAGCCCUCAAACCAAAUACAUCGGAAUCGUCGAACAUACCGAUGCCAAACAUUGGGUUCUCAAAGGCCAUGUCCGGAUUUAUCAUGAUGAUGACGCAACAGGGCAAACUAUUGUACAUAUCGGAAAAUGCCACGGAAUACCUUGGACACUCCAUGGAAGACCUCUUGAUCCACGGUGACAGUAUUUACGAUGUGAUAGACAAGCAGGAUCACGUUGUAGUUCAGAAUCAGCUUUCACGCAACGUCGCUGGAAACAACAAUAGAAGAUUAUUCCUCUGCCGCAUCAACGUCUCGAGGAACACUCGACGUCAGCUUAGAUUCGGAGAUCAAAAGGUGGUCCUUGUAGAGGGACGAUAUUUACCCUUCGUUCCUCUGUGCAAUCGCGGUGAUUCUGUAUUCCUUGCCUCCUGUACACCGGUUGUUCUUCCGGAAACGAGAGAAAGCGUCGUUCAGGGAGCGACGAACAUAUUUUCUACAAUUCACUCAAUGGACAUGAAGUAUAUUCACAUUGACAAGACGGCAGAAAGUCAUAUGGAAUACAGCAGAUCCGAGCUCGUUGGUGUAUCUUGGUACAAUCUUCUGCAUUGGGAUUCCAUUAGAACAGCUCACUGCAAACAUCAAACCGUUAUCCAAUCCGAUCAAGAACGUUCAAGCACCGCCCUUUUACGACUGCAAAGUCGAUCUGGAAAAUGGUUCUGGGUUCAUUGCGUUCUCCAAGUUAAAGACACGACGGAAGAAUGCCAACACCCGGUUAUAGUUUGCACGAAUCAAGUACUAAGCGACAGCGAGGCUGACGUGAUGAGGGCGAGCUUGUGGCUUUACCAGUAUGCAUCCCAGACAAAAUUCAGUUACGGUCCAGCGCCAGAAUUGCAAUCGCGGCCAAUCCUGUCGUACAACAACCACGACUAUAACUUGAGGCGAAACCUCGUCACCAGCUAUAACUCUAGCUGCAGUACGGCGAACGGCAUCGAGGAGGCUCAUUGCGUGGAAAAGUCCGACCUCGAGUACACCCUUACGACUAAGAAAAAGCAGCUGCAGCAACAACAACAGCAACAACAGCAACCGCAGCAGCAACAGCACGCAUCUACACAUUCUUCAACGCACAUUAGUCGGGAGACUUCGGAACCGGUGGACAUGUCGAUAAACGGAGCCGUGAUCUCACACCACACAGGGGACAUCGAGCAGCGAACCCUCCACAUACUUUCCCAAGCCCUGACAUUCAACAUCCGUAAUAACAAGCAGCGGAAAGGGAGCAGCACCCUGCUCCAGCAACAGAUGCAUCACGGCAACUCUGUUCCCGGGGUUAGUUCAACGAUUUUGCGAGAGUGUUCAUCCCCGAGAUGUUCUCCGAAGUACGUGAGUCUAACGGACCUGGACAAGAGUUACGGUGAUAGUACCGAAGUGACUUCAAUCGUAGCUUCGGCUUGCUGCACAGCAACAGCGAUAGACAGCUGCAGCUAUAACUCGCAGAGGCGGCUGGUGAUUAAAACGGCGACGAUCGUCGAGCCGGCCGAGGUCUGUACCGAGCCUUGGGGCUCGGCUUGUACUUCCGUUGGCAACGCUUGGGUCGACACUCUCCAAAAGGUUCCUGAUAUCGUCCAGCUCCAGGAGCUCAGUCCCUGCGUCACAACGCCUACCACACCUUGCACCGACGUCUCUGCUGACUCGGACCUCAGGUCCGGGACGCCGAUUUUCAAUUUUGACUGGUCAGCCGAGCACCACGUGCCCAGCCUCAAGGUCAACUUCCGUAACAUCACCAGCCACGAGAGCAAGCGGACUCUUGUGCAACCUUGCGAGGUUUCGCAGCCUGCUAUCACCCUACAGUUACCUGCUACGAGGCGAAAACAUACAGGGGCGGGUUCUGACGUUACAAAAGGAUUUACUAAAUGAGGACGAAUGUCCUUCUGAAAGAUCGUGGUUACACUGAUCGGUGCUGUUUGUCUCUUUUUCGGAUUGAACUAUGUGCCCGUGGAUUAUCGAUUUCGAUUUUGGGAGUCAUGAUAGCUAUAAAAAAUACUUAAACUCACGAAUAUACCAAUUUUUGUUUCACAAAAUUUGACUAGCAAAAUUAUUACUGCAGAGUUAACGGAACGAGAACGAUGAUUAAUUGUUUUUUGUGCGUACGUGACUAUCAUAUUGUUAUAAUUAUUCUCCGUGUAAAUGUAUUAUUAUUUCUAUUAUAUGUGUAUAGUUAUAUAGUACGCGAGUGUGAUGAUGUAUGUUACUAUUUUCAUUUCGGAGUUAUUUGUAUAAUAAUUAUUAUUAUGUGAAUAAAA